AUGGCUCCAGAACUGAGAAAAAGAAAAGCUGUUUCCGAAGUCCAGAAGAGCAACAGCGUCACCAAGACGGCUGACAAGUCCACGCCCAAGGGCAAGAGAAAGGCUGCCGAGGAUGCCUCUCCAAUCUCGUUGAAGAAGCAGAAGCCCUCUAAAAGUCACGCGGCACCCGAAAAGCCUGCUGCAAAAUCAACAAAAGUAUCCAAACCUAAAAAGGCAGGCAAGGAGGCCGAGCAGACCGAGGAGGAGGAAGAGGUGUUGGAGUUGGAUGACUCUGAGGACUCAGAAGGCGAGGACAAUGACAAUGUGAGGAAUCUCGCUGCAGAGAUUGACUCGGGUGAUGAAGCCCCCGUCGACAAGGCCCUGUCCUUCAAACCUGGCCAGGACGUCGGCAAGAUUCCUUCUGUCCCCAAGGAGCUCGCCAAGGCACCUCAUGGAGCAACUGGCGAGCCGGGCGUUCUGUACAUUGGUCGGAUACCCCACGGCUUCUACGAGCACGAAAUGAGGCAAUACCUCUCCCAGUUUGGACCCGUCACGCGCGUUCGCCUGUCGAGAAACAAGAAGACCGGCGCCAGCAAGCACUUUGCCUUUGUCGAGUUUGAGGAAGCCACCACUGCUGAAAUUGUUGCCAAGACCAUGGACAAUUACCUCCUGUUUGGACACAUUCUCAAGUGCAAGACGAUCCCCAAGGAGCAGGUCCACGAGGAUCUGUUCAAGGGCGCCAACAGACGGUUCAAGAGGGUCCCGUGGAACAAGAUGGCCGGCCUCCAUCUGCAGAAGCCAUUGGCAGAAUCUACCUGGAAGGCCAAAGUGUCCAAGGAGAAGACUAAGCGAGCCAAGCGGGCUGCCAAGUUCAAGGACAUGGGAUACGAGUUCGACGCUCCGGAUCUGAAGGACGUACCGCCUCCGCAGCCAAAAGAUCAGGUUGAGGAACCAAAAACUGUAGAAGCUGCCCCGGUGGCGGAACCUGCCGAAGCAGAGACCAAGGCAUCAAAGAAGCCCAAAGUCAAAGCGCUUGCUGCCGAACCCGACAAGUCGAUACCCACGCCCAAAGCCAGAGCCGCCAAGGGUGCCAAGGGCAAAGCGAAGAAAGGGAAGGCUUAA